GGUAUCUAGAUGGGAAGAUAUCAUAAGAAUUUAGUCGAAUUGUGAAGGACUUUUUUUUGUAGUUUAGUGACAUUGGUAGUAAGUUGACCGAUUAGAGUCAGUUGUGAAAAAAGUUGCUCACAGCUGAGAAGUUGAGCACAAGAAGAAAAUAUCAGCAUGAAGGAGAUUGUGUUAUUGCUGAUGUCAGUAACCGGCGCCCUGGCCUCACAGGCAGGGUACCUGUUCACCAUGCCCCGCCAGCUGUGGCAGGGCACUAAGGAGAAGCUGUGCAUCACCAGGUUUGAAGAGGGGGAUCGCCUGGAGUACAACCUUGACCUUGUACACACCGACUCCAAUAGCACCACUAGAUACAUAUUUGAAUCUGGUAGUAGUCAAUGCUGGAAUUUUGAUGUGCCUACUUCUAGUGGGGACUAUUCAGCCACUUUGUCUGGGAGUUAUGGUAAUGGGGAGGUGUUCAACCACAAAACUGAGGUCACAAUCCAGAAAAGCAGUCAUAUAACCCUGAUACAGUGUGACAAGCCAAUGUAUAAGCCAGGGCAGACAGUCAAAUUCAGAAUCAUGACGAUUGACGCAAUGAUGAAACCAAAAACUGGAGUGAUUUCUAUGGUCAGCAUAGAGAAUCCAUCGGGUAUCCGAGUACGCCAGUGGAGAGAUCUUGAUAUGUCAAAAGGGAUCGCAAGUCUUGAAAUGGCACUCUCCCAGGAACCCACAAUGGGAAAAUGGACGAUCUCUGUAGAAGUGGAUGGGAAAAACAACAAACAGACAUUUAUUGUCAAGGAAUACGUACUACCUAAGUUUGAGGUGACAGUCACUCCCCCAAAGUACCUGUUACCCGAUACUCCUUUGAUUGAGGGAACAGUGUGUGCCAAGUACACCUAUGGAAAGCCUGUGCGAGGAAUGAUGGGGCUGGAGAUUUGCUAUGUGAAUGAAUACUACUACUAUGGUGGAGGAAGAGGAGAUACAGACGUCCGCCCAUGUCACAAAAGUCUGGUUGAGAUCGAUGGCUGUUACGAGUUCUCUGUAAACUCCUCAGACCUAGCAAUGUCAUCAAACCGCUACAGUUUGUGGGGUAGGCUGUCAGUGAAAGCCAACAUCACAGAAAUAGGCACAGGUAUCACCUUAUUUGGCGAGUCAAGCGGACCGGAAAUGACGCAGACAGCUUACACUAUAGAAAUUACUGAUGAGACUAAGGGAUACUUUAAACCUGCUUUUCCAUACAGAGCAAAGGUGACGGCCAAAAAGCCUGAUGGUUCUCCGGCAGCUGGGGAAUUGAUUGAAAUAACUGCAAGGAACUGGGAAUGGGACUUUUUCCAGCAUAAUAAUUUUACCACCGAUGAAAAUGGUGUCAUUAUGUUUGCUGUGACUGAUAUACCACACAAUGUAACCAGCAUCAGUGUUCAGGCUAACAGUCCCCGGUACCAGAGGACCUAUGACUACUACAUGACCAUGAAUUCCCAUCGUCUGUACCAGCCCCAGGGCUACCUAUCUGCCAGGCGAUGGUAUUCUCCAUCCAACAGCUACAUGCAUAUAGAGAGAGUCAGUUCCACUGCCAGCUGUGGUCAGAUGCUUGAUGUGAAUGUCAUGUACACCACUGAGGCCAACACCACCUACAAGUUCUACUACAUGGUAAUGUCCUCGCGACAUGUUGUUUACCAUAGCCACAGGCACCACCAUUUCCUCCGACAUGAUGCUGUAGAGAGGAACCCGGUGUUAGAGUCAAUGAAACUUGAGGACUUCACUCCUCCUCCCAGACGCCCUUUUUACAGACCCCCUCGGUUAAUUCCAGUAAGAGUUCCUGCUGUGCUUGUAAAUGGGACAAAUACAACAUCUGAAUCUGAACCAACUGAAUUACCAGAGCCAGAGAUUGAAGGACCACUGACCGAAGAACCAGGACCAGAACCUGAACCGGAAACAGAGGAGGUGGAGGAGGAGGAAGAAACAGAGCCAAUGGGACAUAUUGCAUCCUUCACCCUACACAUUCCUAUUGUGGCAGAAAUGGCACCGAAUGCCAAGCUCCUCGUGUACUACAUACGUGAAGACAUGGAAACGGUGGCAGAUAGUAUCACAUUUAACAUUGAGCAGUGCUUCAACAACAAGGUGGAUAUGAGGUUUGAACCCAAGACUGCUUACCCUGGGAGUGAGGCAACGAUCCGCGUCAAAGCUGAGGCAGGGUCCUUCUGUUCCAUUGGGGUUGUGGACAAGAGUAUUAACCUCUUGGGUGGAAAUCAUCAACUAACUCCAGAAAAGAUAUACAGUAUGAUAGAAAACCCGUACUUUUACUAUGGAUACUGGGGUGAUGAUCAGGAAUACUGCGAAAAAAACUUUCCACAGCCAGAACCAGAAAACACAGAGGACAUGCCCAGAUAUUACUAUGGAUAUUAUGCCUAUGAUACCAACACAGUAGAUGCUGUACAGGCUUUCAGGGAUCUUGACAUGGUGGUGUUCACAGAUUUGACUUUGGAAACUCGACCUUGUUCUCGUAGAAGAAGAAUUCCAGUUGCUAUACAUAGAAACUUUGCCGUAGGCAGUGUAUUGGAGGGCGCUCCGGAUGUAGACGACGAAAUAGCGUAUGAUUCUGAAACCCCAGUGGCUGCUGGUGCUAAAGCAGAUAAAAAGACAACCAAGACUCGGAGCUUUUUUCCUGAGACAUUUCUAUGGGAUUUGGAGUUGAUAGGAGAUGACGGUGAAGUGGUAUUAACCAGAACUCUACCUCACACUAUUACUGAAUGGGUGGGCAACACCAUCUGUGCCAACACUGAGGUUGGUAUCGGGACCUCGCCCCUAGCAACCAUCACCGCCUUCCAGCCUUUCUUCCUGUCCUUCACCCUGCCUUACUCUGCAGUUAGAGGAGAGACUGUGCCAGUUACUGUAACCAUCUUCAACUACCUCAAAGAAUGUCUUGUUAUGCUGGUGAGACUUGAGCCUUCCGAUGGUUUUGAGCUGAUGUCCGCUGACCGAGUUGUCCAGAGGUGUGUGUGUGGUGGAGACUCGGACAGCAUCAAGUACUACAUCAAACCUACACAGCUUGGGGAGAUAGAAAUCCUGGCCGCAGCGGAGUCUAUCCAGGACGACGGCACUUGUGGUAACAACGCUGUCAGCGAUGAGACAACAGGAGUGUCAGAUGCUGUCAAAAGGAUGCUCCUUAUUGAGGCUGAAGGUGUGGAAAAGGAAUAUACAUUCAGUUCCUACAUGUGUGCUGAAGGUGAAUCUAAGUUUACAACGAUAGACCUGCUGCUUCCCCCUACUGGAGUUGUGGAAGAUUCCGCGAGGGGCAAAGUCAGUGUCAUAGGUGACAUCAUGGGCCCGGCAUUGUCUAACCUCCAAGGAUUGCUAAGGAUGCCCUAUGGUUGUGGAGAACAGAACAUGGCUUCUUGGUCUCCUAACAUUGUGGUCCUUCAGUAUCUCACCAACACCAACCAACUCACCAGCAAGAUUGAGACAGAAGCUCUCAACUAUAUGAGAAUAGGAUACCAGAGACAGUUGAACUAUCGCCAUGAUGAUGGUUCUUACAGUGCCUUCGGUAACUCCAACGCUGAUGGCAGCAUGUGGUUAACGGCAUUUGUUGUCAAGUGCUUCGGUCAAUCUCAGCCCUUCAUUGAUAUCGACAACGACGACCUUGUCAAAAGUCUCAACUGGUUCAGAAGGAGGCAGCUAGAGAAUGGCUGUUUCCCUAAGAUAGGCUACACCCACAGUUACUACCUGAAGGGUGGCAUCAGUAAAGACAGCAACGAGGCGGCCAUGACUGCCUUCGUAAUUAUUGCAAUGCUGGAGGCAGGAGUCAGCAAGAUGGAUACGGCUGUAACUAGUGCUGUAAGAUGCCUAGACGUCCAGGACAACAACGACACCUACACCCUGUCCUUGAUGGCCUAUGCCUACACCCUGUAUGAUGUCAACUGGCCACAGAGGUCAGAGGUGAUGGCCGAACUGGAGGAAAGAGCUAUGUUCAGAGACGAUGGCAUACUGAAGUACUGGACUCGUAAUGAUGAGGAGGAGGCAACUCCAGAGCCCUACUCCUGGCAGUGGUACAGGGCACCGUCAGCCGAGAUUGAGAUCACGUCCUACAUCCUGCUGUCUACCAUCAUAGGGGAACAGGACAACGCUGUCAUCAAUGCCCAGCCAAUUGUCAUGUGGCUGACCAAACAGAGAAACACACUGGGAGGGUUCUCUUCUACCCAGGAUACAGUUAUAGGUCUCCAGGCCCUGUCUGUGUAUGCAACGCUGGUCUACCGUGGAGGGAUGCACUUAGAUAUAACCUUUAGGGGCAUACGUAAUGAGGAGAGGGUGUUCAGUAUCACCGGCGACAAUAACCUUGUCCUCCAAUCAUCGCCAUUGGAAGUUGUUCCUGACACAUUGGAGACAGAGGUCUAUGGUGUUGGCUGUGCUCUUAUACAGGCUCAUAUGAAGUACAACAUAGAUGAACCCCCUACAGGCCCCGCGUUUAACAUACGAGUGAGCGCAUUCCGCUCUAAGGAGGUGGGGAACGACUGCAAGAGGAGAACUCUCAACAUCUGUGCAUCAUUCACUGGACCAGGAGGAGUCAGUAACAUGGCCAUGGUGGAUGUUAAGAUGGUCACAGGAUGGGUACCGGUCACUUCUACAUUGGACGAGCUUGUGAAUGAUCAGUCUUUGGGGAUUCAGAGAUAUGAAGUGGAUGGCAACCUGGUACACAUCUACUUUGACAAGUUUGACUCAGCUGGUCAGUGUUUCUACUUUGACGUGGAACAGGACAUAGAGGUGACAGAUCCUAAGAAGGCAUUCAUCAAGGUGUUUGAUUACUACGAGACAGAUUUACAGGUAGUGAUACAAUACAACUUGAGAACAACUUGUGGAACUAAACAGGAACUACCUGAAAUCUCUGUGGAUCAGUACCUACGUGGUGUCUUCUUCGCAAGUGUUGACGAGAUUGUACAAGUCAGGAUUCCUCCAGGCCUAGAGGGGGAACCUGCUGGACCAGUCAUGACUUGUCCCGCCUGCAUAGAUGCUACCAUGAACAGAAAAAGUGCAGAUUUCAAGAAUCUAGUUUGUGGAUCAGAAACAAUAUACAAAGUGUCGGCCGGACGUUCAGGAACAUUCCCGAUGAAGAUUUACGCGGAUCUGCGAUCAAUGAGGAAGACGAAAAUUAGCACUUUUGUCAAAUAUGACCUUGGAAACAACUGUGUGUGUGGCUCUAUUCCAACAACAGAGGAUAAAGUGCUGAUAUUUGGGAAUGACAGGACAUUUGAAAAGAAAAUGAAAAAACUCCACCUUAAUGACCAAGUGACUUUGAUGCCCUGGACCAGAGAGGUGGAGAAAUCGCUACGACGACUAGUGACCAGACCACGAGGGGCUGUAAUUAAAUAACGAACCAUGUGUUAUUUACGACUUUGAUGCCCUGGACCAGCGAGGUGGAGAAAUCGCUAGGACGACUAGUGACCCGACCACGGAGGGGCUGUAAUUAAAUCACGAACCAUGUGUUAUUGACAUUUUUAUCCUGGAAGUCAAAAUAAACGUUGUACAAAUUGUGUUUAAGAUAAUUUCAUUCCAGCUGCCAAACAAAUGUCGACUGUAUUAUGUUAGAGGUAUUCCUACAUUGUAACUUUGUAGCUAAUUGAAGUGUCCUGAACACCCCUUAAGCUUACCACUUAGAUUUGAAGUGUUACAAGGUAAUCCUUCAGCCACACUGGAUUAAUCCAGAUGUAAGAGUGACCUUUAGGAUCCUUUUAACUAGCUGAAUAACUUUUAUCUGACAACUCAAAUUUCAAUAAUCUGGAAAAGGUGGUAAUUUGUGAACCAGAUUGUGGAGACAUAACUGUGUCUGUAGGUGAACCAGAUUGCGGAGAUAUCACUGCUUCUGUUGGGGCCCAGCAGUUUUUGUCCUCGGCUGGCUUGGAGGGACGGAAACUGUUCACUUGGCCAUUCUAGUAGAUCAUUGUGCACAUUAUUUAAAUUAUAUUUUCAAUAUGUGAAAUAAUUUCAUUUAAAUAGUUAAUAUAUGUUAUUCAUAGUUUUGAUUUGACCAUCUUGCUUUUUAUGCACACUGAAAAGUUGUUUUCAUGAUAAUAUUCGUCAUUUUUGAUGAAAUUUAAAUGGCAUACUCUGGUGGUCUGUAGAAAUUAUUAUUUCAUUUUGUCAUUUCUAGAUUUGGAUUGAGAGACAGUGUUUUAUUGAAUUAUUGGUUCCUUGCUUUUUGAUACAAAUGUACAUAAAGUUGUAGUUUUUUGAUGAAAUAGUAUCCUCUUUGUCAUCGUUUCUAGAAUAGAAUCUAUAACUCUACUUUUUAUAUACCUUAUACAUUUUAUACUGAUAUUUACAUUUCUAUUUACUUUCUGUAUUUAACUGUUUUAUAAAAUUUUAAUAAUUUGAACGCUUUUAACCGACUUCCUGAUCAUUUUUAGCUCUGAAGUCUGAGAGUUCAAGCUUUAAUUCUUAUAUUUGUGAAAUCCUGUUUUAUUUUCUUGUUUUAGAAAUCCUAUUUUAUAUCUGCUAUUUAAAUAUGUCUCAGUAUUUAGUCUCAUAUUUUCAGUAUAAAAACACACUAAUUGUCAUUUUGAUAUUUUUCUACCUCACAUCAUAAAUUCAUCAUUAGUUUGGCUGCAUAAUCAUGUCUUCACCAGCUAUUGGAUAUGUUUAUGUGUGUUGGAAGUCAAUGUAAAAAGUUUAAAAAAUCAGUUUUAUACUCUGUGCCUUUUAUAUACCAGUACAUGUACCCGCACACAGACUUUUUGACUCUUCAGAAUUCUUUGUGCGUCUUGCAUAAUUACAUAUAUGUAUCUUUUCAAUGCGUUAAUAAAAAAGUUAUUCAAUUAAA